ACGUGGACUUCCUGUUUCACAGGAAGUAUAGAAAAAACCCAUAAAUUUCCAAGUUUAAAUUUACUUCAAAAUGUACUUCCACAUUUUAAUAUAUUGUAUACUGCAUGCAUGUAGAUUAAAACUUGGACUUCCUGUGUCACAGUUCAACACAAAGAAGGAAGUGACCUAGCAGCUUGGACCACAUGGCGAGAAGAAGAAAGUGCCUUAUCAGCUUGGACCACAUGUCUGGAAUUUGCAGUCAUCAGGAACCCAACAAAUUCCAGAAGUGACGUCAAGACUCCAUUUAUGUAUCAGUGUUCUGAAUGACAUAUUUGCCAAGAUGAAUAAAAAAGUAUGCGGAAUGUGUUUUGCUAGCUACAGCAACAUAAAGCAACACCUUACAGUGUCCCACACCAUUCCCAAUAAAAAGGAGUUUCAGCUUCUUGUAAAAUAUGGGAAUGCACGAACUAGAGACAAAUUGGACUGUCAAAUAUGUGGGAAGAAAGAGCUCAUCCGCCUUGAUAAGCAUUUACAAGUUACACAUAAUAUUUUGGCAUUUGAGGAACGAGAACCAAUCACAAAGCAGGCCAAGAAAGCAGCCAUUGUGAAAGAGCUUGCUGAACUGCGGCAGUCCGACCCUGAUGUGCCCAUGGUAUCGAUGUUGGACCUGGGGAUGACAAAUGAAAAUGAGGAGGAUGAGUGUCUGCUUUCUGGUGAGGAGCAGAGGCUGGAGCAAGCGGGAUUUGAGUGCCAGGAGGAGGAGAUGGACAUAUCCCCCGAUGUUGCAAUUGGCAGUGAUAAACACUCCAAUGAUCGUUCUCCCACUGGAAUCGAUUCCAGCCCCAAAUGUUCCACCGCCAUGUCUGUUGGAAGUCAUUUGAGAUGUGAUGAAAACAUGUCCUUCUCCAGUGACCCUGAUAAAACUACCAGUCAGCCACUUCCUUCCACUCCUGUUUCUGGGUCCCACAACUCCUCUUCCAGUCAAUGCAACUGUGAGCUGUUUGCUCUCAGGUUGCAGAAGCUGGAACAGAAGGUGGAUCAGUUAAUGACAUGGACAUCCAACAGGAUACCCAGCAGACCACCUCUCUCAGCCCAAAAAUUGGAACACGUUGGCAAGGGGAAGAAGGGCGAUCGAUUAUUUGAAAAGAUUCUUGCUGAUUUUUUUAAGUUUCGCCUGGGGCCACGGAAGGCAAAAAAGGAUGUUGAAAAUGCACGGCAAUCGUCCAGCCAUGCCAAUCGUUUUUGCCUGUACAUGGCCGCUGGCCUACCGUCCUCUGCCACCUCCGAAGACCUAAAAUUCCUUACCCAAAUGGACAAGUUACGUGUUUGGACGACGUACCUGUUUGAGAAGGGCUAUGCGCCCACGUCAAUCAAGAAUAUGUUGACCAACGUGUCCACCUUCUUCAAACACGUUGAAAACUCAUUCCUGAAGGCUAGUAAGCUUAGCCACAAAGAUUUCACAAGAAUUCAUUAUGAACUUAAGAGAAUCACAGCUGAGGUACAGAGAAAAGUGGUUGUCCACCGGCAGAAAGUGUUGCGCCACAAGACAGAUGAGCAGCUUCUUGCACAUGAGGAAAGGAAAUUCAUGAUAACUGCAAGGAAAAAUAUUCCUGAACUGCUUCAAACCUUAGCCCGCAAUGGAGGUCAGGAGAUGGAGCAUUCCAAGGUCAUGGGCUACAUCAUGGGCUACCUGAGCAUGCUCACUGGACACAGAUCUGUCGUACUCACUAACAUGACCGUAGAAAAUGUGGCCAACUUUGAGACUUGGAGUCAUGGCCAGAAGUUCCACAUUCUGGUGGAUGACCACAAAACUGUGCGGACAUUUGGUCAAGCUGCAUUUUCCCUUAACACUGAGGAGUUCGCUUGGCUUGAAGAGCUGACCAAAGGCAAGUGCUGUACGCAUGCUCAGCGCUGCCACUAUGUGUUCCACAGCUUACUCGGCAAGCAGAUUAUGAAGCCCUUAAACUUCCUACAUCUGGCUUGGAGGGAUGCUGGAAUGAAGAGUACCAUCAACUUCAACAAGAUCCGGAGCAGCGUCUCUACUCAAGCCAACCAACACCUCUCUGAGAAGGAGAGAAAGCAGGUGGCAAAAUCUAUGUGCCACGAUCCCCAAACUGCAGAGAGGUUUUAUGUCGCACUGCCAGACAGAGUGACAGGGUACGAAGCAAGGAAGUUGAGACUGAAAGCCCUGAAGAGCGCUGUUGAAAACUCUCAGGAAGAUGAAAUCGGUGAUGAUGAGGAUUCCAUCCUCAAUGACACACCAGAGACGAGCUCAGACGAUGAGGAACCGAUCUACGAUGAUCGCCCAGAGUCAAGUUCUUCAAUUUCAUCGGAGGAUUUUAGACGCAGGCGUGGAAAAAGGCCUCAACAGGAAAGUCAAGUUGAAUCCUCAUCAUCUGAAGAUGAGCUCCCAUCAGCUCAAAGGGUUAAAAAGAGGUUGUAUUACCCAUCAAAAUCCAACAUCGUUCUGCAGGAGAUCCCGGCCAGGCAGAGCAAAAUGUGUAAGCAAGCAUCCCCUCUUGACCAGGCUCCAUGGGAUGUGCCACCCCCCUCCAUUAACCAGGCUCCAUGGGAUGUGCCAUCCCCCCCCGUCGACCAGGCUCCAGGGAAUGUGCCACCCCCGUCCGUCAACCAGGCUCCAGGGGAUGUGCCAGCCCCCCCCGUCGACCAGGCUCCAGGGGAUGGGCCAGUCGACCAGGCUCCAGGGAAUGUGCCAGCACUCUCCGUCGACCAGGCUCCAGGGAAUGUGCCAGCCCCGCCCGUCGACCAGGCUCCAGGGGAUGUGCCAGCACUCUCCGUCGACCAGGCUCCAGGGGAUGUGCCAGCACCCCCUGUCGACCAGGCUCCAGGGAAUGUGCCAGCCCCACCCGUCGACCAGGCUCCAGGGGAUGUGCCAGCACCCCCUCACGACCAGGCUCCAUGUCACACUGCUUUCACAGAUGAGCAGCUUCUUGCAGUUGAGGAAAUGGAAUUCAUGAAGACUGCAAGGAAAAAUAUUCCUGAACUCUUUCGAAGGUCAGCCCACAAUGGAGGUCAAGAGAAGGAGCAUUCCAAGGUCAUGGGCUACAUCAUGGGCUACCUGAGCAUGCUCACCGGACAUAGAUCUGUCGUACUCACUAACAUGACCUCAGAAAAUGUGGCCAAAUGUGAGACUUGGAGUCAUGGCCAGAGGUUCCACAUUCUGUUGGAUGACCAUGAAACUGAGCAGACAUUUGGUCAAGCUGCAUUUGCCCUUAACGCUGAGGAGUUCGCUUGGCUUGAAGACCUGACCAAAGGCAAGUGCUGCACGCAUGGUCAGCACAGCAACUAUGUGUUCCACACAAUACGCGGCAAGCAGAUUGUUAAGCCUUUAAAGUUCCUACAUCUGGCUUGGAAGGAUGCUGGAAUGAAGAGUACCAUCAACUUCAACAAGAUCUGGAGCAGCGUCUCUAGUCAAGCCAACCAACACCUCUCUGAGAAGGAGAGAAAGCAGGUGGCCAAAUCCAUGUGCCACGAUCCGCAAACUGCAGAGAGAUUUUAUUCCACUCGGACAGACAAAGUGACAGGGUACAAAAUAAGGAAGUUGAGACUGAAAGCCCUGAAGAGCGCUGUUGAAAACUCUCAGGAAGGUGAAAUCGUUGAUGAUGAGGAAUCCAUCCUCAAUGACACACCAGAGACGAGCUCAGACGAUGAGGAACCGAUCUACGAUGAUCGCCCAGAGUCAAGUUCUUCAAUUUCAUCAGAGGAGUCGAGACGCAGGCGUGGAAAAAGGCCUCUACAAGAAGAUGGACUUGGUUCCUCAUCAUCAGAGGAUGAGCUCCUAUCAGUUAAAAAAUUUAAGAAGAGCUUGCAUUGCCAAUCUAAAUCCGACAUGGUUCUGCAGGUAAACAUACACUCACCGUCAAAGUGUUUUGUGGAGAUUGAAAAGAUGCCACCAGGGAUUAUGAAAUACUACUUGAAUAAAUUCUUUGCAAAGGAGGCCCUGGCCAUGCAGAGCAAAAGGUGUAAGCAAGAACCCCCUCACAACAAGGCACAGAGGGAUGGGCCAGCACCCCCUGUCAACCAGGCUCCAAGGGGUGGGCCUGACCCCCACAUCGACCAGGCUCCAGGGCAAGUGCCAGCACACCCUCUUGACCAGGAUCCAGGGAAUGUGCCAGCACUCCCUCACGACCAGGCUCCGGGGCAAGUGCCAGCCCCCCCUCUCUGCCAGGCUCCAGGACAUGUGCCUGCGCCCCCUAUCGACCAGGCUCCAGGGCAAGUGCCAGCACUCCCUGUCAACCACGCUCCUGGGAAUGUGCCACCACCCCCUCUCGAACAGGCUCCGGAACAAGUGCCAUCACCCCCUCUCGACCAGGCUCCGGGGCAAGUGCCAGCACUCCCUGUCGAACAGGCUCCAGGGAAUGUGCCACCAACCCCUCUCGAACAGGCUCCGGAGCAAAUGCCAUCACCCCCUCACGACCAGGCUCCGGAACAAGUGCCAUCACCCCCUCUCAAAAAGGCUCCGGAACAAGUGCCAUCACCCCCUCUCGACCAGGCUCCGGGGCAAGUGCCAGCACUCCCUGUCGAACAGGCUCCAGGGAAUGUGCCACCACCCCCUCUCAAAAAGGCUCCGGGGCAAGUGCCACCACCCCCUCUCGAACAGGCUCCGGAACAAGUGCCAUCACCCCCUCUCAAAAAGGCUCCGGGGCAAGUGCCAGCACUCCCUGUCGAACAGGCUCCAGGGAAUGUGCCACCACCCCCUCUCAAAAAGGCUCCGGGGCAAGUGCCAGCACUCCCUCUCGACCAGGCUCCAGGGAAUGUGCCACCACCCCCUCUCAAAAAGGCUCCGGGGCAAGUGCCAGCACUCCCUGUCGAACAGGCUCCAGGGAAUGUGCCACCACCCCCUCUCAAAAAGGCUCCGGAGCAAGUGCCAUCACCCCCUCUCGACCAGGCUCCGGGGCAAGUGCCAGCACUCACUGUCGACCAGACUCCAGGGAAUGUGCCACCACCCCCUCUCAAAAAGGCUCCGGAACAAGUGCCAUCACCCCCUCUCGACCAGGCUCCGGGGCAAGUGCCAGCACUCACUGUCGACCAGGCUCCAGGGAAUGUGCCACCACCCCCUCUCAAAAAGGCUCCGGAACAAGUGCCAUCACCCCCUCUCGACCAGGCUCCGGGGCAAGUGCCAGCACUCCCUGUCGAACAGGCUCCAGGGAAUGUGCCACCACCCCCUCUCAAAAAGGCUCCGGGGCAAGUGCCAGCACUUCCUGUCGAACAGGCUCCAGGGAAUGUGCCACCACCCCCUCUCAAAAAGGCUCCGGAGCAAGUACCAUCACCCCCUCUCGACCAGGCUCCGGGGCAAGUGCCAGCACUCACUGUUGACCAGGCUCCAGGGAAUGUGCCACCACCCCCUCUCAAAAAGGCUCCGGAACAAGUGCCAUCACCCCCUCUCGACCAGGCUCCGGGGCAAGUGCCAGCACUCCCUGUCGAACAGGCUCCAGGGAAUGUGCCACCACCCCCUCUCAAAAAGGCUCCGGGGCAAGUGCCAGCACUCCCUGUCGAACAGGCUCCAGGGAAUGUGCCACCACCCCCUCUCGAACAGGCUCCGGAGCAAGUGCCAUCACCCCGUCUCGACCAGGCUCCGGGGCAAGUGCCAGCACUCACUGUCGACCAGGCUCCAGGGCAAGUGCCGGCACUCCCUCAUGACCAGGCUCCGGGGCAAGUACUGGCACUCCCUGUCAACCACGCUCCGGGGAAUGUGCCACCACCCCAUCUCGACCAGGCUCCGGGACAAGUGCCAGCACUCCCCGUCGACCAGGCUCCAGGACAAGUGGCGGCGCUCCCUCAUGACCAGGCUCCAGGGCAAGUACUGGCACUCCCUCUCAACCACACUCCAGGGCAAGUGCCAGCACUCCCCGUCAACCACGCUCCUGGGAAUGUGCCACCACCCCCUCUCGAACAGGCUCCGGAACAAGUGCCAUCACCCCCUCUCGACCAGGCUCCGGGGCAAGUGCUAGCACUCCCUGUCGAAAAGGCUCCAGGGAAUGUGCCACCACCCCCUCUCGAACAGGCUCCGGAGCAAGUGCCAUCACCCCCUCUCGACCAGGCUCCGGGGCAAGUGCCAGCACUCACUGUCGACCAGGCUCCAGGGCAAGUGCCGGCACUCCCUCAUGACCAGGCUCCGGGGCAAGUACUGGCACUCCCUGUCAACCACGCUCCGGGGAAUGUGCCCCCACCCCAUCUCGACCAGGCUCCGGGACAAGUGCCAGCACUCCCUGUCGACCAGGCUCCAGGGCAAGUGCCGGCACUCCCUCAUGACCAGGCUCCAGGGCAAGUACUGGCACUCCCUCUCAACCACGCUCCAGGGCAAGUGCCAGCACUCCCCGUCAACCACGCUCCUGGGAAUGUGCCAACAACCCCUCUCGAACAGGCUCCGGAACAAGUGCCAUCACCCCCUCUCGACCAGGCUCCGGGGCAAGUGCCAGCACUCCCUGUCAACCAGGCUCCAGGGCAAGUGCCGGCACUCCCUCUCAACCACACUCCAGGACAAGUGCCAGCACUCCAUCAUGACCAGGCUCCAGGGCAAGUACUGGCACUCCCUCUCAACCACACUCCAGGGCAAGUGCCAGCACUCCCUCUCGACCAGGCUCCAGGGAAUGUGCCACCACCCCCUCUCAAAAAGGCUCCGGGGCAAGUGCCAGCACUCCCUGUCGAACAGGCUCCAGGGAAUGUGCCACCACCCCCUCUCAAAAAGGCUCCGGGGCAAGUGCCAGCACUCCCUGUCGAACAGGCUCCAGGGAAUGUGCCACCACCCCCUCUCAAAAAGGCUCCGGGGCAAGUGCCAGCACUCCCUGUCGAACAGGCUCCAGGGAAUAUGCCACCACCCCCUCUCAAAAAGGCUCCGGAACAAGUGCCAUCACCCCCUCUCGACCAGGCUCCGGGGCAAGUGACAGCACUCCCUGUCGAACAGGCUCCAGGGAAUGUGCCACCACCCCCUCUCAAAAAGGCUCCGGGGCAAGUGCCAGCACUCCCUGUCGAACAGGCUCCAGGGAAUGUGCCACCACCCCCUCUCAAAAAGGCUCCGGAGCAAGUGCCAUCACCCCCUCUCGACCAGGCUCCGGGGAAUGUGCCACCACCCCCUCUCAAAAAGGCUCCGGAACAAGUGCCAUCACCCCCCCUCGACCAGGCUCCGGGGCAAGUGCCAGCACUCCCUGUCAACCAGGCUCCAGGGCAAGUGCCGGCACUCCCUCUCAACCACACUCCAGGACAAGUGCCAGCACUCCCUCAUGACCAGGCUCCAGGGCAAGUACUGGCACUCCCUCUCAACCACACUCCAGGGCAAGUGCCAGCACUCCCUGUCGAACGGGCUCCAGGGAAUGUGCCACCACCCCAUCUCGACCAGGCACCGGGACAAGUGCCAGCACUCCCUGUCGACCAGGCUCUGGGGAUUGUGCCAGCACACCCUCUCGAACAAGCUCCGGGGCAUGUGCCAGCACCCCUGCUCUACCAGGCUCCAGGACAAGUGCCAGCACUCCCUGUCGACCAGACUCUGGGGCAAGUGCCAUCACUCCCUGAUCGCCCAGACUCUGGGGCAAGUGCCAUCACUCCCUGAUCGCCCAGACUCUGGGGCAAGUGCUGUCACUCCUUGUCGACCACACUCCGGGGAAUGUGCCAGCACCCCUUCUCGAACAGGUUCCGUGGAAUGUGCCAGCACUUCUUCUCGAUCAGGCUCCGGG